AUGCCGAGAUCAGCACCUUUUCAGGCACACGGCAUAUGCGUGCAUGAUCACGAGAUAACGUUCAAUGAAAACAAGGAUUCGGCGAUCAAAACAGUCGCGUGGAUGAUUGUGUUUGGCGACGGUUUGCACAAUUUCAUCGAUGGUAUCAGUAUUGGCGCCGCUUUCAGUGAAUCGCUGCUCAGUGGUUUGAGCGUCAGUUUAGCAGUGAUGGCUGAAGAAUUCCCGCAUGAAUUAGGUGAUGUGGCGAUUCUUCUCAACGCUGGCAUGAAUCUGAAGCAGGCUUUGUUCUACAAUUUGCUCAGUACAAUUACGUGCUUCAUUGGUUUUGUGAUUGGUGUUGUCUUGGGUAGCGUCGAAUCGACACUGCGAUACGUUUUUGGCUUCUCUGGCGGCAUGUUUCUUUACAUUGCACUUUCCUGCAUGAUGCCAGAAAUGAAGUCGACUAUGGAGAAAGCCCUGGAAAAUGGGUAUCGCGAUGCGCUGUUUGUUCUUUCUUUGCAGACCACUGGCUUGGCUGUAGGCACUUCCUCAAUGUUCUUCUUUGCGCGUUAUGGAGAUAUGAUCACGUUUCAAUAA